CCUUGGAUUUGCGUGGGAUGAAGCGCAUCACGGGCAACGAAACAUGCAUUUUGUGACAACCAUGCGCCUGCCCGCCUGACUGCCAUCCUACCAACAUCACGUACCUUUAAUGUGUCUGACUCGCGGUACAGCACCCUGGGAUGAUGGAUCGCCACCAGCGCAAAACAUCAGACGUGCUGUCCACGAGACCAAACGGUCAAGGCAGCUUCAUGCAACCAACCGUCGCCAGUCGGGGCCUGUCCCGGAAGACGCAGACCGAAUCGUCCAAGGAGAAUGUCGCAUUGGAAGGAAAGGGCAUCACAUCCCUCGAAUCAUCCGGGACAAGUAGUAGGAGGUCCCUGCCGCGGCCUGAGAGCCCAUUCUCGCGCCCCCAUUCUCGGUACAACUCACUCGGCGCCUCUCAAGACCUCGGGUCACCGCGAAACGUACACAUUCCCCGACCAAAGUCCACGGCGCUAUCUACCACUGCCAGCGGCCGAAGAUCGUCUUUUAAAUACACACCCUCGCCAAACAACAACCCCCUCCACAGACGCCAGCCGAUGGGCUUGAAGGAUGCGUUCAGGCUCGCCGAGGAACAAGAAGCCGACGACCAGCAAGAUGACACCAUCGAUAUCCAGCAAGCUUUCACCAUGGCAAAUGCCGAGGCGAAUCGAGCUAUCGACGGAUCGCCCAGUCCGGCCCCGCGACCCUACCGAUCGAGGAAGGAAUCGGAGGACGGGGGGCGGCCAACUCGGCCAUUCGCGCAGAGAAAAGAUAGCGACCUAGGACAACAACUCAAGCAGUUUGACCGGAACCACCAACUGACAGGAGGCGGCGGUCCUCUCAACGGACUAUUUUCGAAAAACCGAGUGGGACCAAAAAUCGCGGAGACGGGGACUACACUGGCCAGGAAAGCAAGCGAUGGCAGCUUGGGUGGCAGCCCAGAGCAUCGCAGGAUGAGCCAGUGGGAACCGAACUUGGAAAAGCACUCAUCAGAAGAUGCGCCCGAUUGGGACCAUAUUGGACGAACCUCACCGUUGCCGUCACUGGAUUUUGAUCCACUCGCGCCGCAUCGAGGCUCUCCGAUGGGAAGGCCUACGCACCCUUCACCUGAGAAGAGCUACAACUGGCAACUCGAUGCCGAUUUCACAGCUGGCGACUUGCAGUUUUCUGACAGCCCUCGAAUAAAGUUGGGAAGGACAAAUGGCGGUGGAGCAGAAUCCUCGUCUCAAGCAUCUAGUAGUCCCGACUACCGUCGCAGUAACGACAAACUGGAUCGGAUCAGACAGAGUGAGGAUGCAGCUGCGAAGGCCAACUUGUUAGACCAGGACGCAAUUGCAAAGAGAAACACACGGCUGGACGAGAUAAGGGUACAGGAGAUGGAAGCACUGUCGAGGAGAGCCGUCGCCACCAGCAGACUGGACGAAAUCCGAGCUAAGAACUCCGAAGCUCGUUCCGUGUCGCCAGAGGUGGAGAGAUUUCCCGACAAAGAAACUUUCCGAGUAGACUCCCUGAGCUUGAGCCCUGAGCGCACAAAGAACGGAGACGCAAAGACUGCGAAACCCACCGGGAAUGCUGAACGGAUAACCGAUACCCCUAUUACAAUUUUCCGGAAUUCCAAAAAUGAGAAAGAGGACAAGCCUGCAGCAGGCGGGGAUGUGAAGGGAAACACGGGCACAAACGAUAAGUUCGGAGAUCGACCAACGACCUCGCAUUCUCGAGAUAAUUCUCAUGAUUUGCUCCGUCGACUUGCGCGAGCAACGAGCUCUAGUCCUAGCCCCCCUCAUCAAGACUUGCCACCCCAAACCGAGCGUUCCGCUUCAGACCAAGCUUUGCCUAAGAAACAAAUCUAUGAACGGGACGGCAGCCGGCCUCGACUAGCCCAAGAUGACCGACGGCCUAAGAAUCCAGAAGUUAAGGGCUCUAGAGAACGGCUGACGGUUGGCUUUGUGGGUCUGCGCCGCCAAUCAUCAAGUGACUCCGUUCAGGAAAAACGACGAAGCCUGGUCAACUCUGAAUCCGACCCAACAGAUCGCAUCGAGGCAGAGAUGAAACUCUUUGCUCCCCAAGACAAUUACUCUGAAAGGGGGUCAAUACGCGCUCCGUCGCCAGAUCCAUCCGAGUCUUCGGAGCCUGCUGAGCUACUUAAGGACGAGACACCAAGGCCAAACAAGGUCGUCGACCCGUUGACUCAGCCAACGCCUCGUGUCACGGGUGCAUAUGUAGAGACGCCGGCAACUGUGAAGAUUGAGAGGAGGGACGAUACGGAUGACGAGGUGCCCAAGGCUAAGCCCCUCAGGGUACCGGAAACUACACUUGGCGUUACCAGCACCGAACCGAGCAUAAAGCGUGAGAGAAGCGAGGUACCUGACCUCGGAAAAAGUUCUGCGAGGUCCUUGUCAGCUCCAGCCUCGCGCAGCGCGCGAGCCGCGUCCCGGCGGCGCCGUCCAGUUAUCAACACGGCCAACCCGCCCAGCGUCAAAGACGAUCUGCGAUCCAUCCUCCGCCAGCAUCAAAUCGACGACUCCACAUUGGACGACUUUGAUGAACUCCUGGACAACAAUGACCUGGACCACGAAGAGCUUGAGAAGGUGGUGAAUGACACCGUGCUCAAGAUCGAGGAAGAUUUGGACAUGCCUGGACUCACGGAUCGCGAACGCGAGCUACGGACGUACGACCGUAUGAGCAAGACACUCAAGACUGGGCUUCUUGGCAUCCGCAGUGCGAAGCAAGGCAUUGAGCGCCUUGAAGGCAAGGUGGCACAUUCUGAGCACAAGGCGUCAUCCCAGGUUCUUGCUGACCUGGGUUUAACCUCUAGCUCGAUGUCCACCCACGCUCGUGACCCGGCCUUCUUGAUAUCUCUACCACGUCUGUAUCGCCGCAAACCUAACUUCAAACUGACUCUUUUCGGUAUCCUGACCUUCGUCCUCGCAAUAUGGUACACACUCGAAUCCGGGUUCUGCUUCCUCUACGUCAGUCCCGUCUACGGGUGUACCCAUGACGACCCUUGCGAUUGGUCCCCGAAUGAGCCCUACUUCCCGUACGCCAUGCCAUUUAUGCUCGAUGAGUGGGCUACGGGUGGGAAAGGCCGUGCUUUGGCAUGGUGGGUCGGUGAAGAGUUGGGGGAUGUGAUGGCCGAGGCGAGCGAUUGGAUUACAGGCCACGACUUCACAAAAGAAGAGGAGAUGUAUAUGAAUAUCUGGGAGCGAAAGAGGCAUCGGCGUAGGCUGAAGAGGAAGGGUCUCAUGCAGAAGUGGGAAGAGCCCAUUGAAUUCAGAGAAAAGUUUAAGAGCUGGAGAGAUGCGUGGCAGGCCCGACAAACGGCGCUGGAACAGGGCAUCGACAUGUGGGAGGACGAAAGGAUGAACUCAGACGAGAGAUUAUGAUGGCUGCACCGGCUGUUGGCACAGACGCGGACAUGAAUGAUACCUCAUCUUUAGCGAACUAGCUUGUAUACUACACCGCACUGCAGCAUCAUAAACCUGGCUGGCCUGCGUUCGCUCAGGAUACCCAUAUCUACGAUUCAAAGCAGCAUGGUCUGCUUUUCUGGCAAGGCGACUGGAGCCGAUGAGGAGUAAAGUUAUUUAUUUACCUUAGGUCACAGAGGUGGUUAGUCUUAUGA